AUGGAAGAUCUGGAACAAGAGAAUUCUACCUAUAAGGAAACCAUGUCUCAAGUCCAAUACAAAAUGGACACCUUCCAAGGUAACAUGAACACUAUAUUGGAGUACUGUCGAACUCAUAAGGCUACUACCUCCACCUUUGUUGUCAAUCCUGCUUCUGUUGUAGUUACUGAUGCUAUCGUUGUUACCACUUUUGUUGAUGUUGUUGUGCACACUAUGAUUCGGCCUAUGGUGAGCCAACCUAUCUGUCAAUCAGGUCCUAGUAGGCAUGCCAUUGCCUAUCCCUGGGGGUUGCCUCCGAAUUUCACUUCUGAAGCUGCUAAUGGGAAUGCAUUUGGGCCAUAUCAACCGUUUGCUCUACAUCCUGCCAAUGGGAAUCUUGUUGCCCAUCCUUGGGGAAUUACCACUCAUUCUCCUCAAAAGACUUCCGCAACAGCGAUCGUUGAGACUUCCAAUGACAACGAAGAUGAAUAUAGAGGCCCAACCCUCCACUUCCGUCUUCCUCCUCGAGCUACUCAACCUACUAUUCAGAAUUUGAAUCAAGAUGUUCAGAUACCUCCUCCUCAUCGUAGGGAAUCUUCUAUUGUUGCACCUCCAUUUCUGUAUCCUGGGGCACCAUAUGCUCCAUAUCAAAAUUCGUAUUGUCAGACUGUUGGUCAGAUGAACAGACAAGCAGACUAUCAGCUACUGGAUGAGAGGAUUAGAGCUAUUGAUAGUUUCUCUGCUUAUGGUAUGGACGCUAAGGACUUGUGCCUAGUCCCCCUUAUGGUGCUUCCUCCUAAGUUCAAAGUGCCAGACCUACCGAAAUAUAAGGGUUUAAGUUGUCCAAGAAGUCAUGUCAUCAUGUACUGUAGGAAGAUGGCAUCCUACAUUGACAAUGAUGAUCUUCUUAUCCAUUGCUUUCAAGACAACUUAUUUGGGGCGUCCUUAGAUUGGUAUAUAGGCCUGGAACGCAGUAAAAUCAGAUCUUGGAAGGACUUUUCUGAAGCCUUUCUUAAGCAAUACAAAUAUAACCUGGACAUGGCUCUCACCAGGUUACAACUGCAAAAUCAAGCCUGUAAGCGCAAUGAAACAUUCAAAGAAUACACUCAGAGAUGGCGUGAGAUGGCUUCUAGACUUAAACCGACACUGACAGAUGCCGAAUUGGUUGAUAUCUUUAUGGGAACACUCCAAGGAUUAUACUAUGAGAAGAUGGUUGGUAGCUCGUCUUCCAACUUUUCCGACAUGGUAACCAUUGGAGAACGUAUUGAAAAUGGGCUGAAAACCGGAAAGAUUGCUAGUGUAGAUAGCCAGGCAGAAGUCAAGAAGUCUCAGGGUUUUGCUAAGAAGAAAGAGGCCAAGGCAAAUGUCGUAACAACAAAUGUUUAUCCUCAAGUUCAGGCACCUAUGGCUCCAAGGACAUACUACCCUUAUGCAUACAUUGUCGCUGCUCAAUAUCAGCAACCUACAUACCAAUCGCAGUAUCAGCAACCUCCACAUGCUUCAGCUUCUCAGAAUCAGCAAAACAGCAAAAACCAGAAUCAAGGUCAACGUAGACGGUUUGAUAAGAAGCGUCCUCAGCAUGACCAGAUCCCUGUAUCAUACACUCAGUUGUUGUCGUAUCUUGUCCAGCAAGGGGAAACUGUGCCAGAGGAGAGUCCUCCUGCAAUGCCUCCCUAUAAUAAUAAGCAUAAUUCCAACGUGUCUUGCGCAUUCCAUGUUGGAUACAUAGGGAAUUCUACAUAG